AGGAAGUCGAAAUGCUUGACAACAUGUUCACAGUCAACCGGUAUCUGAGAGGAACAAAUUUGCGUCGUUCCGUGUAUUAAUGCUCACACGCAGCUGCGUAAAUUAAUUACACCUUGUUUUGUAAAUUUUUCAGAAGAGUGUAACCAGGUUAUAAUAAAAAUUCUUCGAAAUUAUGCAUUUUGGUUUCAUUUUGGAGCGUAGCGACCGUAAACGGUGCAGUGUGCUGCAACCAGUUCCUACUUUUCAAAAUGCAUUGGUUUUAUGUGUUACAUUUUAUGUGCAUACUUUCGUUUACGUUAUCUUUUGAAUAUGAACAUUUGCUUAAAAUGGCUAAAUUUCCUCCUGAUGUUCCAGAUGUACCAGGCGAACCGAGAGGGCACAAAAAGCCGCUGGGAUGGCAAAGACCUCCAGAAGGACCAGUCAAGGAAUACACUAAACCUCUAAAUGCAAAUGAUUUUUGGAAAUUGCACGUAAGAGAUCACAUUCCUCUUGUUUAUAGAGGCUAUAUUGAAGAUUCACCAGCAAUAAAUCUUUGGAAUGAUGAAUAUUUGACAAAAACUUAUGGUGAUUUGGAUGUAUUGGUGGAACAUAAACGUGAAGAUAGAACAAGUUCAUCUGGACGCAUGAGAUUAGCUGAUUUUAUAAAAAAUUACAAAGAGCAGGAUUUAUAUGUUGUUACUAUGUUUCCAUCUGAUAUGAUGCAUGAAGUUCGGGCAAUCCCCAGUGUUUUAUGCGGUACAUUCAGAAACUACACACAUGAGUCGAACUUAUGGAUAAGCGCUGGUGGGACACGAUCUGUUGUACAUUACGACGCUGAUCAUAAUGUUCAUUGUGUGAUAGAUGGAAGAAAAGACUUUAUCAUGAUCAAUAAUAAUUUCACUACGAAAACUAACCUAUACUUCAAAUAUAAGGAUCCUGGUGUUGGGUCAGGCUUUUCCUUUCUCGAUCCAGACUCCAUUGAUAUGCACAAGUUUAAAAAGAUAUAUAACGUACCUUGGACUUAUGCGUCAUUAUACCCAGGAGACUGCAUUUUUAUCCCAUCAGUUUACAUUCAUCAAGUGCGUGGGUACGGUCGCACUUUGGCUGUGACCACUCUCUUCACAGCCGACGUGAAGAACGAAUUCAAUGGCGACGACUGUACAGAUGACAUCAUGACAAAGUAUCACUCCAUGGCCGACAUCAAAUUCCAAUGGACGUACAAGAAGGGAGACCAAACUAUCGACAUGGGUUACAUGAAUGUUUAUUUGGUGAAGAAAAGUCUUCGAGAGGGUUUGAAAGAUGAUGCUUUUACCAAAAAUGGCAAAUUUACAAAAAAGCAGUUCGUUGUGUACGCAGGGGUGUUUUCACCCUACGGACGAAACAAAACAAAAAUCGCCAAAAUCUGGACGGAGGUCUUCAAAUUUAACGACGACACUUUAUUAGACGAAGCCUUGAUGGACACUCUGAAUUUAGAACAGUGGAAAAUAUUCUGCCGCGCUAUUGAAGCACCUCACGGGGUUGUCACUAACGGUACAGAACCAGUAUUUGUUCGCCCUGGUGAGCGUCACAAGUGGGAGACGGAACACCCCGACGAUGAUGAUGACGCCUACAUGACGGAAGAUGAACGUCACCGCAAAAGUGCGGCCAAUAAAGAUCCUAUGCUCGCUCAUUUGAGUGAAGAAGAGAAGGCUGAUUACCUGAAAAAGAAAAAAGAAGAGAAAGCGAAAUUUGGUGUUAAUUACGAGCCCAAUGAUGAAGAGCUCGACGACAGUGAUUGGCGUUCGGAGCUCGGAUGGAGUUUGGACGAUUUACCCAGGAAAUAUCAAAAGUCGAUCAUAAAGGGAAAAAUCCCCAAGGAGUUUCAUGAAGAAUUUGUUAACAAUUUACCAGAUGCGGUCAGAGAGAAAUAUGAAAAGGUUUUAGAUAAAUACGAAGUGCCUCAGGAGAUUCUGCGUGUUUUAAAGCCACCAGGCGAUGAAGGCUAUCGUGUUAAGGCCACUCGUGAGCUUAACAAAAAUGACAAUGAGGAGGAAGAUGGGAUGGGUGAGGACGAUUUCGAAGCAGGUUCGAAUAUGGACGGCGACGAGAGACCAAAAACCGAUGACGAGGGACCGGAUGACGAGGGACCGGAAGCGGGUGGCGAUGGCGAUAUGGAAGAACCUGACGACGAAGCAAAUCAUAUCCCAAUGGAACUAGACGAUCUUGAUGUCGUUCGACAAAGACGGUUUUUGAGUGGAAAGAUUGCGAAAGGUGACAUCGAGGAUCUGUUGUCAAUGCUACCGGAGUCUUUUAAACAAUACGAAAAAGAUAUAAAGAAAGGCAUCGUGCCGGAUGCUGUCCUUAUGGAUUUGAUCCGGUCGGAUGAAGAAAAUUUCGCGGAAGAUGUAGCUCAGUGGAAGAAAGUAGUCAAAAAGAAAAGCAAAAAAAACAAGAAGGGGAAGAAAAAAGUGAGAGACGAGUUGUAGUGUAGAAAAUGUUUUUUUUUAUAUACUUUUGUAGAUGUUUUUGUUAAAUCUUCAUUUUCAUUUAAUUUGUGAUAUUUUUUGUUUAUAGCACGUUUUUCAAUUUUUUUAUGUCUUAUUUUUUUCUCUGUAUAGCUUUAUUUAUUUUGUAUUUUAUUUUUUGUGAAAAUUUGAUGACAUUGUCACUGCCAGACCACGUGAGUGACAUGUUGACUUUAAUGACUCUAAAAUUAGAAUGUUCUGAUGUCAGCAGAAUUGUGGAAAGAAAAGAAGCUUUUAACUUGCGUCAGUCUUCUCUUUCUUUUGCUGUUUACUCAAGGAGACUUGGAGAGAAUUGUGGUUUUUGACGAACUACUGAGAAAGAUUAGUUCGUCUGAUAACAUCUCUAAUUAAUUAAACACUUCAUGCAAAUUAUCAUUAUGGGGUUUCCGGACCUUUUUUUGCGUUGCACCUGUUUCGCUUUUCUCUUUUUUAAUUUGUUUCAUUUUUACUUUCUUUUUAGUUUAACAAAUAAGUAGCAGUUUCUGUUUUUUUGUGAGUUGAAGAACUUGGGGCGUUAUUAGGGCGUCACUAAGGCGUUUAUUUAUAGACCUUGUUUGAGUUCUCGGAGGGUUUUUAUUUUAAUUUUAUUUUUUAUUAUUAUUUAUGUGAUUUAGAAUUUGAUAGAACUUUUUGAUAAACUUUUUUUAUUGUAUUAAUUUUCUAAAGAAAACUUCAAUGAUCCAACUCCUUUUAAA